AUGGUUUCAUCGAGCAAAGCGUCCGACAACCCCUCCAAAGUCAUCAAGACAGAGCCGCUCGACUACAAAGAUGCCAAAUGGGCAACCUUGGUCUCCAUCACAUUCAAGGACCCUGAAGGCACCGAACGUCUAUGGGAGUCCGCCGAGCGCCUCACCCGCCCUAAAGGCUGCGAUAUCGACGCCAUUGGCGUGGCCGCCAUUCUGGAAGACCCAUCUAGACCCAACAACACGCCUCUCAUUGUCCUGCAGAAGCAAUGGCGAGCGCCUGCUGAUGCCGUAGUUAUCGAGAUUCCGGCAGGCUUGAUGGAUCCUGGUGAGAGCGCGGAGGAGUGUGCGAUCCGCGAGUUGAAGGAAGAAACGGGAUACGUGGGUAAGGUGAUUGAAGGGGACUUUGGAGUUAGUCCUGUGAUGUUCAAUGACCCCGGUUUCUGCAACACGAAUCUCAAGAUGAUCCAGGUCACGGUUGACAUGUCUCUCCCGCAAAACCAGAAUCCGCAGCCCGAGCUUGAACCUGGAGAGUUCAUCGAGACCUUUACUGUUCCGAUGACUGAUCUCUACGCGGAGUGUGUCAAGUUCGAAAGAGAAGGCUACGUAAUCGAUGCGAGGGUUGGCACGCUUGCACAAGGUGUUGAGUUUGCGAAGAGGUGGAAGCUCACUUGA